UCAUAUCUAACGUUUGUGCUACUCGCAGAAUAGACUAUUUUACUUCAUUUAAAAUGCAUGCAGUCAAGUGCAUUUUUAAAACAGUAUUUUAAAUCGAUUAAUCUUGUACUUCAGACAUUUAUAUUAGCCUUGCAUGUCUGACCACCGCACGAAAUGAGGGAAAUAUAAAUUUUCCAUCAUCCCAGACGAGUUUCUACUAUUGAUUAAAAUUCCAGACUUAGGGACGCCACAUGUACCAAAGAUUAUUAAGAAGAAGAUCCUCGAAAUUGUCAUUUUUCACUUAUAAACUGUAACUGUACCGUAAGUUUAAGGGCAUAAAGUCUAAAUUCCAAAAACAUGCUGUUUAGAUGCGCGGCAGGAUGGAUGGACCUAGUUAUGAACAAAAAAAUUGAUAAUAUCGUGCUGUUUUGCAAAUAAUUGAUUUGAUUCGUUAAUUAUAUCAAAUAAACAUCAUUCUUAACUUUUAAAUUGAAAUUAUUAACUAUGUAAUACUAAUACAUAGUUACUAGUAGGUACAUCGAUUUUUUAACAAUAGGCAAAGCAUUUGCGACUGGAGUAAUUUCCUUUAGUGGUUCUUUGUAUUUCGUUGCUUGUCAUGUUUCCCAUGAAGCUGAACGUUCUUGUAACCUAGUGACCUAUUUGCGGGUGCUUACUCUUUGGCAAAUCUCCACGGCGCUUCGGGGGUAGUGGGAACUGACACAGUAUACUAGCAAACAUCUCAUAGUCACACGUACAUUAAAAGGACAAAAUGGGUCUCCCUCAGCUGGAAACUUGUUGUUUUGUGUUCGAUCUCAAAACCGGAUGUUUAAUAAUGGGCAGUAUCAAUGCGGUACUCUCGUUCACAAUGCUGACGCUUCUCAUAGUGCUGGCAGCUGAAGUAGGCGCUAUAGACACGUCGGUGGUCUUCGCCGGAGACAUCGAGAUGCAAGCCACCAUCACCGGCCUGUACGCCAUGACCAUCAUACUGGUCUUCAUGUUCCUCAUGAAGUUCUUAUUCGAUAUUGCCUUUGUAUAUGCUGUGUCAACGGAGCGACGCAAUAUAAUCAAAGCCUAUAUGAUUAUGUGGAUCGUGUUCUUCCUCCUGUCCAUGUUCAUAUUCUUCCUCAAUUCCCCGAACAUGAGUGUCGGGACUAUCUGCACUGAAGUCGUUUAUAUUGGUCACAACGUGUACACGAUCCUUCUGAGCCACAGUUUCUACAAACAGCUGAACAGCAGGGAAGAGGUUUAAUUAUAAUCUUAAUAAGGCCAGGCGCGAACUAUCGGCACGAGAUACACACAGCAUGUUCACAUUUCCACCUUCUCGGCAUAUAAUUCCGGUAGACGAUCUUUUACAAAAAUCUUUUAACGCACUCAAACUUUCGACAUCUUAUACAAUCAAUUUCAAUGAGCGCGGGUGUGAUUUCAGGCAACAAUAGACUUGACACUUAAACUAUAGCAAAAACGUACUAAACAUCUUCGUGUGAGCGAGAUAGCGCAAUAGACACCGUAGAGCGCCGUCUCUGUUCCACAUCUUCAAAAGUACUGUUUUAUUUAGUGGUAGUAGGUCACCGGGCUGUUGCAAUGACUUCUAUGGUUCUCAGUACACUCACUAAAGCUUCUGAAAUCUCCGAAAAUGAUAUUAAUUAAUUAAUAUAAGUGUGUCUCUAGGCAUAUGCUUAAGGAUCUUACACCAUUCUGCCAUUUCGUGCCGAUAGAGGGCGCAUUAGGCCUGCGUAGCUAAACACCAAUGUCAAAUUCUAGAAAACAAAUUUUAUUAUAGUGUUAUUACAUGUUAUAAAUGUUUAUCUAACAAAUGUUGAUCUCGUGAACACUGUCGUCGAAAAUACAAGCUUCAUGGGCAGUGAAAAUGUAGAUAGUCUAUUGUUUUUUUACGAAAUGUAUUUAAUUCGGGAAUAUAUUUUUAUUUUAUUAUUGACUUCGACCAUUGUAAAACGCAGCUUUGCAUUAUAAGUGUCGAAUUAUAAGUAUUGAUAAAAUACUUUUUUCAUAGUUUUCAUAGCAAAGCUCGCCAAAGCGAUCCAAAUGAUUGAAAAACAGUAGUAAACAUAUUUUCGACUGAAAGGAUUAAGUAUUAUGUACACAUACAAAAACUGAAUGUAAUACUUGAAAAUAAAUUUUAUUUCUAUAAGGCCCG